AUGCCCUCAGGCGGCCUCUCCGCGGUGCUGCUGCUGGCCACCAUGGGCCUGUGUGUCAGUGACGAAGCCAUCCACUGCCCGCCCUGCUCGGAGGAGAAGCUGACCCGCUGCAAGGCGCCCGUGGGCUGCGAGGAGCUGGUGCGAGAGCCGGGCUGCGGGUGCUGCGCCACCUGCGCCCUGAGCAAAGGGACGCCCUGCGGGGUUUACACUGCCCGCUGCGGCUCCGGGCUGCGCUGCUACCCGCCCCGGGGGGUGGAGAAACCCCUGCACACGCUGAUGCACGGGCAGGGCGUCUGCACUGAGCUGUCUGAGAUCGAGUCCAUGCAGGAGAGCCUCCAGCCGGCAGAUAAGGAGGAGAUCGACCACCCCAACAACAGCUUCAGCCCAUGUAGCAUCCAGGACCGGAAAUGUCUCCUGAAGCAGCAGGCAAAAACCCGCGACCGGGUGAACAGCGGCGUGAAGAUGAGGAGCAACGGGAACUCGCAUCAUCGGGAGGAGACGAGGCAGAUAGCCCAGGGGUCGUGCCAGAGCGAGCUGCAUCGAGCACUGGAGAGGCUGGCCGCAUCCCAGACCCGCACCCACGAGGACUUGUACAUCAUCCCCAUCCCGAACUGCGAUCGCAACGGCAACUUCCACCCCAAACAGUGUCACCCGGCCCUGGACGGGCAGCGUGGGAAGUGUUGGUGCGUGGACCGGAAAACUGGCCUCAAGCUGUCAGGAAGCCCGGAGCUGAAGGGCGACUUGGAUUGCCACCAGUCUGUGGACGGCGUGCGAGAGUGA